GACGGAGCCAUGUUGCCCAGCACCUUCGCACUCCUCCUCCUCCUCGUGCCGGAUGCGGCACCCGACGUGCUGAGCUUCCCCCAGCCCGGCCGUGGCCUCCGGCGGCAGAAGAGGGACUGGGUCAUCCCCCCCAUCAACUGCCCCGAGAACGAGCGCGGGCCCUUCCCCAAGAAGCUGGUGCAGAUCAAAUCCAACAAGGACAAGGAGACGAAGGUUUUCUACAGCAUCACGGGGCAGGGGGCCGACACCCCCCCCGUGGGCGUCUUCACCAUCGAGCGGGAGACGGGGUGGCUGGAGGUGACGAAGCCGCUGGACCGGGAGGAGAUGGAUAAAUACACGCUCUUCUCCCACGCGGUGUCGGCCAACGGGCAGCCCGUGGAGGACCCCAUGGAGAUCAUCAUCACCGUGACGGACCAGAACGACAACCGGCCCGUCUUCACCCAGGCGGUUUACCACGGAGCCGUGCCGGAGGGGGCCGCGCCAGGCACCCCCGUGCUGCGGGUGCUGGCCACGGAUGCAGACGACGCGGUGAGCUCCAGCAAUGGCGCCGUGCGCUACUCGCUCCUGCGCCAGACACCGAGCUGGCCCCAGCCACACAUGUUCACCAUCGACGGCAGCACCGGCGUCAUCUCUGUGGCCGCUGUGGGGCUGGUGGCACAGGCAGUCCCUGAAUACACGGUGCAGAUCCAGGCAGCUGACCAGGAUGGGUACGGGCUGCAGGCCCGUGCCGUCGCCCUCAUCAAGGUGCAGGCCAGAGGAAUGUCUGAGAUGGCCAAUGGCUCCCUGACCACCCACGUGCUGAACACAGUCACGGGGCUGCCGGCUGCCAGGCUGGGCCUGCGCCUGGCGCAGCUGCAGGAGCCAGGGCAGCAGUGGAUGGAGCUGGAGCAGAGGUGGACGGAUGGGGACGGGCGCUGUGGGCCGCUGCUGGCCCCGGGGCAGGCCCAGCCUGGCACCUACCGCCUGCACUUCGACACGGCAGCGUACUGGCACGGGCUGGGGCACAGCAGCUUCUACCCCUUCGUGGAGGUCGUGUUCACCAUCAGUGAGCCAGGCCAGAAGCUGCACGUCCCGCUGCUCCUCAGCCCCUGCUCCUACACCACGUACCGGGGCAGUUAGGGGCACCCGGCCCCGGGGGGCUGCACCACUCCUCCAGUAAAGGCU